AUGCCCGCUCACCACAAUCUCACAAUACGCAUCCCGCUCCCCAGCAUGUUACCGGCGGAGGCCGUCAUCGAGACUCUCCAAUCGCAGUCUCCAGCCCUUCGCCACCAGCCGCUGAUAACCCGCUUCGAAAAGGUACCCGUCAGCCUCGACAGCAUCGUCGACGACGACUUCUUCCUCGACACGGGCCUCAAGAUCUCCUCCUAUGUGGUCUACGAAAAGGUCACCGUCGUGCCGGGCAUCAAGAAGGAAAUCUCCUUCCCGGCCGUCCUCCAGAACAUUCCCAAUGGUCUCCGCGCCCGCGCCUCGGCCCCGGGCGGCGUCAUCGUUCGGAGCGAGUGGCUCGUCGUGCCCCGUCCCGAGGAGCGCUGGCCGGGCGAGCACAGCUCCGGCAAGCUCGGGGGCUAUGUCGACGGCGACUACGAGCUCGUGGAGAACGUCAGGGUCGAGACGAGCCGGAUGCUGAUGCCCCUCGUCAAGGGGCAGAUGGAGGGCGCCCAUCGGGAAUUGUUGCGGAAGAUGCUCGACGAGGUGGCGCAAAAAGUCGGCCGGUCCAAGAUGUGA